UAUUAUUAAUUUUCGUUAAAAUUUUCUUAACAUUAUCUCUUUGUCUAGUCUUGUUAAAAAAACAACCACCAAUUAUCUAAACCUGUAGGAUUCUGUUUUUGUUUCGUAGAGAUGACGGGAAAAAGAUGGAAAAGAAGCGUCGAAAUUGCAUGGGUAGCAAUGGGUUUCUUUCUAUGGAGCUUAAAAGUAGCGGAAGGGGUGAGAUUCGUGAUAGACAGAGAAGAAUGUUUGUCCCAUGAUGUCAAGUACGAAGGUGACACUGUUCAUGUCUCUUUCGUCGUAAUUAAGGCUGAUGCCCCUUGGAAUUUUAACAACCAAGGCGUCGAUCUUGUGAUAACGGGACCAUCAGGGGACCAGAUUCAUGAUUUCCGUAACAGAAUAAGUGAGAAGUACGAGUUUGUUGUCCACAAGAAAGGGGUUUACAGAUUCUGCUUUGCCAACAAAUCUCCGUAUCAUGAAACCAUUGAUUUUGAUAUAAAAGUUGGGCAUUUUACAUACAAUCAUCAGCAUGCAAAAGAUGAGCAUUUUGAUCCUUUGAUGGAUCAGAUAUCAAGGUUGGAGGAAGCUCUUUACAACAUCCAAUUCGAACAGCAUUGGCUCGAGGCUCAGACGGAUCGGCAGGCGAUAGUGAAUGAUAACAUGGGGCGACGAGCACUUCACAAGGCAAUGCUUGAAUCAGUUGCACUUAUAGCGGCAAGCAUCCUUCAAAUUUUCCUUUUGAAACGCAUGUUUGAACGAAAGCUUGGAACAUCCAGAGUGUAAUCCCUCUUAUAUUUUGCUGAUAUUUACACACUGCAAUUAAUGUUACUACCACCGAUAUGUCAGUAGAAGCAAAUUUUGUUCUGUUU